CUGGAACGACUAAAGACAUGGUUCUAGAGGGCAUACAGCGUUCUAGAGCAAUCGUGGCUUUUUCCAUCCGGGUUUUGGUCCGAAUUUUUGUCCGGAUUUUCAGCCGAGCGGUCGAUCUGCGGCACGUGACAGGCCCAGGCAACAGUUGGGGAUAUUUUAACUAUUCGACUAUUUAACCAGUUGGAUGUCGUCGGAAGAUUAUUAAUUCUCUGAUUAUCUGGUCCCCCGCGUUUCCCGGAUACCUGGACGACAAUAUUGGGAUGGUUGCGGAGAACGGUUCCACAGAGAGAUCCUCUGUGGAUAUCAAGACGGGGCCGCUCGAGACAACACAGUCAACACCGUCAAUACAGUCAGCACACUCAGGUCAGGAUGUCUCUACAGAUGCUGGUGAUGCCGGCGCAGCAGCGGAGAAGAACAACGAUGGUGAUGCGCUGGAGAAAGAGGAGGAAUAUCCCUCGAGUUGGCGAUUGGCGCUGAUAACGAUUGCGCUGUGCUUGUCGGUGUUUUGUAUGGCUUUGGAUAAUACAAUCAUCGCGACUGCCAUCCCCCGAAUCACUGAUCAGUUCCACGCAUUGGACGACGUCGGUUGGUAUGGAGCCGCCUAUUUGCUCACCACCUGCUCCGUCCAGCUUAUCUUUGGUAAACUGUACACCUUCUACUCGAUUAAGUGGACCUUUCUCGUCGCGCUGUUCAUUUUCGAGCUGGGAUCUUUCGUCUGCGGUAUUACACCAACCUCACUCGGCCUGAUUCUUGGCCGUGCGGUGGCCGGUCUGGGCGCUGCGGGUAUAUUCUCCGGCGCAAUGUUGAUCAUCAGUCGGACAGUGCCUCUGCGCCAGCGUCCGACAUACAUGGGUCUGAUCGGUGGUAUGUACGGCAUUGCGUCAGUGGCAGGACCUCUCAUGGGCGGUGCUUUCACGGACAGAGUCACCUGGCGUUGGUGUUUCUAUAUCAACCUGCCCUUCGGUGCCGUCACCGCGAUUUUUAUUAUCUUCUUUUUCCAGACUCCCGGCAAGAAGGUCAAGAGCAACCUGACUCUCAUAGAGCAACUGCGUCAGCUGGAUUUCGAAGGCACCGCGCUCUUCAUCCCUGGCGUCGUGUGCCUGCUGCUGGCGCUGCAGUGGGGAGGCACAACAUACCCGUGGCAUAAUGGGCGGAUCAUUGCGCUAUUCGUGCUUUUCGGUGUCCUCAUCGCCGGCUUCGUGGGCGUGCAGAUCUGGAAGCAGGAGAGGGCGACAGUGCCACCCCGCGUAUUCAUGAAUCGCAAUGUGUGGGCGUGCUCCCUUUUCGCGGCAUCGCUAGGCGCCGCCUUCUUUGUGAUGGUCUACUAUCUCCCUAUCUGGUUUCAAGCGAUCAAAGCUGCAUCCGCUGUCAAAUCCGGUAUCAUGAAUCUGCCGACGAUUCUCACACUGGUGAUCAUGUCGAUGAUCGCCGGAGGUCUUGUUACAUAUGUUGGCUAUUACACGCCAUUUAUGCUGCUCUCCUCAGUGCUGAUGGCCGUUGGCGCAGCCAUGCUGUCGACAUUCGACGUGACCACUCCGCAUGAGAAGUGGAUCGGAUAUCAGAUCAUCUUCGGUGCCGGCGUCGGUUUUGGCAUGCAACAGAGUAUGGUAGCCGUGCAGGCUGCCCUGGAUGCGAAGGAUGUCCCCGUCGGCACGGCCAUCAUCAUGUUCUCCCAGACAUUCGGCGGUGCCCUCUUUAUCUCCGUGGCACAGAGCGUGUUCGAGAACCAGCUUGUGUCGAAGGUCACCGCGGCUCAUAUCGACGGCUUGAACCCGGCUAUCGUCGUCAGUACCGGCGCUACACAGAUCCAAUCUCUCAUCCCGAAGCAAUUUCUCCCAGCUGUGCUUGCCGCCUACAAUGCUGCCGUCACUCACACCUUCUACGUUUCAGUCGCCAUGGCGUGCAUCUCGCUCGUCGGUGCUUCCGCCGUCCAGUGGAUUUCUGUCAAGGGCAAGAAAAUCGAGAUGGCCGCCGCGUAGUGGCCUGUUUAUGAUAUUUCUUUUUUUUUUUUUUUUUCUUUUUGUCCUCUACUCUAUACAUACUGACAGAUUCCCCAAAAGCUAUUUCGUCAUAGUAGCAUUAUUCUUCCUAGAUAAAUAAUAUAAUUCAUAAUAGAUCUCGUC